CAAAGCUUCGUAGAUAUGAGCGGUCUGGAUGUUAAGCACUUUCAAAGCUCCCGCUUGUCUUCACGCAGCACUGGUGACGUAUUGGGUGUGGGCGGGGUGACAUCCAGCAGUGCUUGCCCGAACCCGGACACCGGGCAAGCUCAGCUGUUAUCUGUCUCGAUAUUAAAGAUGGCUGGAAACAAGUCUUACACGAUAGUAGAAUAUUUCGGCGGGGAUGACGGUUACCGGUGUGGUUACUGUAAAAAUGAAAAGGGAAACUUUUCUCAUGGGAUGUGGUCUCACACCAUGACUGUACAGGACUACCAGGACCUCAUAGACCGAGGAUGGAGGAGAAGUGGGAAAUAUGUCUAUAAGCCCAUAAUGAACAAGACAUGCUGUCCACAGUAUACCAUCAGAUGUCAUGCACUGAAAUUCCAGCCUUCCAAAUCCCACAAGAAAAUCCUGAAGAAAAUUAGCAAAUUCAUUUCCAAAGGAGAAUUGCCAAAAGGACAGGAUGAUGGGGAGCCAAUGGACUCAGUGUGUGAAGAAGCACGUCCACGGGAUCCGAGUAAAGUCUGUCACUCAGAAGUGAAGUGUGCUGCUGUCACAGACAUUCAGAAGGAAGUAGCAGAAUGUCCUGCUGUCACAGAAGUUCAGAAGGAGGUAGCAGAAGCUGCACCUACCUGCUCAGAAACAUCAAGAAAGGAUCCAGUUUCUGUUCCGGAUGGAAGAACAACAGCCACAGCUCCUAAACCAGGGGUGGGAGCUGAUGCUAGCCGGCCGCCAUGUCGGAAGGCCAAAGACUUAAGGAAGGAGCGACGUCUUCAGAAAGAGCAGAUGAGACAUGAUGCUGCUGGGGUCUCUUCCAUUGUCUCUCCUACCCCACCCACUCCCACCCAGACAAACCAACCCAAACCCCUGGAAGAUUUCAUCAAUGAGUUAUUGCCUGACAACUCUUCUCAUUGCCUUGAGGUGAGGCUAGUGCGCUCCAAUCCCCCUAGCCCGCAGUUCAAAGCCUCUUUCGAUGCCUCCUACCAGGUGUACAAACUCUACCAGAUGGCCAUACACAAGGACCCUCCUGAUAAACCCUCCGAGAGCCAGGUGAGGCUAGUGCCGGUCAGCUUUGAGGACCCUCAAUUCACAGCGUCCUAUCAGCAGUCGGUGGCUCUGUACGCCCGCUACCAGAUGGCCAUUCAUGGUGAUGACCCCAGCGAUUGUAGUGAGAGUGAGUUCCGGAGAUUUCUCUGUGAUUCACCACUAGAGGCGGAAUAUUCUCCAGAUGGGCCCGAGGUGGGCUACGGCUCCUUCCACCAGCAAUACUGGCUGGACGGGCGCAUCGUUGCGGUGGGGGUGAUCGAUAUCCUGCCUACCUGUGUGUCCUCUGUCUACCUGUACUACCACCCAGACUUUGCCUCACUGUCUCUGGGCUCCUACUCUGCUCUCAGGGAGAUCGCGUUCACCAGGCAGCUGCAGAAACAGUCCCCCAAGCUGUCCUACUACUACCUGGGCUUUUACAUUCACUCCUGUCCCAAGAUGUGGUAUAAGGGGCAGUACCGGCCUUCAGACCUCCUGUGCCCAGAAACCUUUGUCUGGGUACCAAUAGAGCGAUGCGUACCCCAGCUGGAGAACUCCCGCUAUGCUCGUUUCAACCAGGAUCCUGAUGCAGGAGAUGCUCGGGUGCUGAAGGAUGUGGGCCGAGCUCUGGUGCUAUACAGACGGACCGUCAUGCCCUAUGCAGCCUACUCCCGCAAACGCAAAGGCUCCAACGACGAGACGGAGGUGCAGCAGUAUGCCAGCUUGGUUGGCCAGGACUGUGCUGAAAGGAUCUUGCUCUACCGCGCCUAAACAUACAGCAUCACACCACUGCACCUUUUUAAUAUACGUAAAUACGCACUUCCCAGCAGUCUGUUUCUGUUUCUGUACGUCUGUGUGUCUCCUCACUGUCUGUGAAAGUGCUUUCUGCUGCCUCUCCCCGUAGUCUCACCAUGCUUAGCUCUACACCGGCUGGAACAAUGCCACUCACUAUCUACUGUGUAUAUAUAUAUCCAUUCACCCAUCAGCCUCAUUCAUCAGUUAUGUCUCAUUAAUAUUUAUUUUACAAGUAAAAUUUCAUUCAUCAAUUAAUACUGCACCAUCAAUUCUUGUGCAUCUUUUUGUUUAAUUUGACUCCCUAAAGGGACCAGUCCCUUGAACGUUAUUUUGAUAUCAUAUAUUCAUCGCUUUGAUUUUUUUUUGCGCCAUCCUCAAUCCUGUUUGCUUAAAUAAUGAUGUCAUAAAAGAGCAUCUAGCUACGCACAGGCGACAGCUCUCCUCUGAACUGACACAGGUUUAGACUUAUGUCAGGAUCUUGAAGAGCAUGUUCUCCUUUGAAUGUUCAGUGAUUUUUGAAGGUGGUUUUCAGUUGCUUACAUUAUAUCCCAAAACGUCAGUACACCACAACAUUUUUUUUCCACUGGGUUUAUGUGAAGCAAAAAACUCACUGUUUUCAAUGUUUUUGUCUGUUUUAUUUAUAGCUUUAUUUGCUUUUCUUUUAAUAUUGACACUGUUAUUUUUGGUUAAACUAAAUAAAGGGGUUGUAUAUUC